UCGAUUAUUCUUUUUCUUCCACCUCUAGCACCACAUGCGUGUUGUUGCUUGGGCAUCAAAAUUUGUCGUCCGCCGAUUUCAGACGGUCCGCGUUGCUGAUUGUUAUUGAGAAGAUAAGGAACGAGAAGAACCGGUACUACGCCAGGAGACAGGACUCAGGAUCAAAGGCUUCCACGGACACGAAAAGGAAUCCACAUAGCUAACGAAAUGCCUAACGACACUGUGGUAAAGGUGCAGGAGUACAAGGACUCGUUGAUCCUCAAGGCAGAGCUGCUAAUCACCAAGGGGUUCCCGGAGAAUAUCGUCCGGCUGAACGAGCUGCUGGCCACGCCGAUCUUCAACGAGCGCAACUUCGAAGAAGUGCACCAGGACCUCAACAUCCCGGUCCUGCCGCCUCUCCUGGUUAAAAACGAGUUGGAGGAUCGUGACAGUCUGCCCACCAAGCGCCAGCGCGUGGAUGUCAUCGUCUCUGGGCAGCCUGUCAUGGGUCUGCCCGCCGGUACAGUGCCGUGCAACAAGCCGCUCUGCGAGAUGAUCAAGGUCGUCAAGCCUAUCAUCAGGAAGCUUGUGGAGGAUUCCAAUCUACUUAAGAUGUGGAUCUCCUUUAUGAUACCCAAGAUCGAGGAUGGCAACAACUUUGGCGUCUCCAUUCAAGAGGACACGCUUGCCGAAAUUCAAACUGUGGAAUCCGAGGCGGCCGCCUUCUUUGACCAGAUAUCGCGCUAUUUCUUGUCGCGCGCCAAGGUGGUGUCCAAGGUGGCCAAGUAUCCGCACAUCGAUGAUUAUCGGCGCGCAGUCGUCGAACUUGACGAGAAGGAGUACCUCAGCUUGUGGCUGGUCGUUUGUGAGGUCCGCAAUCGCUACUCCUCGCUGCACGACAUUGUUAUUAAGAACCUCGAGAAGCUAAAGAAGCCGCGCUCCUCAAAUACCGAAAGCCUGUAUUAGGCUAGGUAUUUCCGAAGCCCGAGCCUCAACUUUUUUUUUUCCUUUCCAUCAUCUUACUUUUCAAUCAAUAAUCAGCCCGUAGAGCGGACGGUCAGCAAUUCUUGUCGCUACUCAAAAAGCUAAGAUUUUCCAAUUCGGUUUACAAACAUCAAAAUUCUUUAAUUGAAGAGCAGUGAUUGAACAAUAGCUGUAGCCUAACUACCAUCAACUAUUAAUCCAUUUGUACUACGUCUAGAAUGUAAUGUUGAGAUUGGCGUACAAUACAAGAAACCGAUGCUGUAUAGAUUCCACUAAUAGCUAUAGCUAUGCAUAAAAAGAAUAGGCGAGCUCCAUUGACACAUUUUUUCAACAUUUCCUAAUGUAAAUUUAUAACACGGGCGCCCCUCAUACGGAAAAUGUCCUUAAAAAUGUGUGAAAUAUAAAUCUUUAUAAGUAAUUCGCUCCGAAUAGGUAACACUGUGCUUGUUUUCUUGUUUUACGUAUUGACUAUGGGUUCUACUUUGGGGAUUGAUAUCUAUCGCAAAAUCGAAACAGGCGCCCAGACAUUUAAUAAGGUGGAAAUUAUUGCAUUCGAUGCGGCCAAUCGAAAAAGACAACCUUCUGAUUUAACAGUUCAGAAAAUUCUUAACGUUACUAUGAAUUAAAAAUGCCCGCCAAAAUGUCACAUAGUAAAUUCUUUUGCGUUCGAUAUUUGUUUAAAACUGGAAAAAAAAACAAGAAUUAAAUAUUGCUUACCAAAUCUACCAAUUCUGUAUAUAUGCACAAUUUCUUUAAGUGUGUUUGCCAGACAGCUGCAAUGCUAUAGCUGCCUGCUACGGCACUUCGGUUCGAACAUGUUCGCUUCAAACGCCCGCCAAACAGAAAAUUCAAAACACCAAAUGGUUU